GUAGCAGCUCCAGAAGUCCAAUUCGAAGCUGGUCGACCGGAGGUCACACAACAUCCCCAAGCAGCGUCACUGAAUCGGAGGAGUUCUUGGAGUCAUUUCGAGCAGGGCGCUAUCCAGAUUCGAGCACUUACAGCUUCAGGCUUGGCAAAGGUUUGGGAUGGCAAUGGGGCGCGUCACAGUUUCUGCGGUGGGCCUCCUCAGGCAUCGCUGGCACAACUCCACUUUUUUGUGUAUGUUUCCGUGACGCCUGUGAUCUUGUUGUCAGGUAGCGUCAAACCUUCGGAUGGCUCGUCUGACAUGAGGCACAUGGCAGCUCAUUCCAUGGACAACAGCUUGAUCCAGACAUGGAGUGUGGAGUCGUUCUUUGUUUUCGGCGCCAUGCUCAUCUUCAGCGUUCUCUGGCUGUACGUCAAGCUUUUGAUGAUGAUGUACGCUUGGGUAACGCCCAUGGAUCAUGGCAUUCGUGGUCCAACGUCGUUCAUGGACAAUAUCAUCUUAUUCCUCCUUAUCGUUUUCUUCUGGGCUUCAUGGACAGGAGAUCGUGGAGGCGGGAAGUUAGCUUUGGUUUGA